AUGCAUUCCCAUCAUUCACACAGUGGCGAUUAUAUAUCGCAUGCGCAUGAUCCCUUAGAAGACAUGGUCCAAAGCUACAUCGACCGUGGUUUCGAAGUGCUUUGUCUUACAGAACACAUGCCAAGACUCGACCAGUCAUACUUGUAUCCUGAGGAAAAGGAAAAGGGGUAUGGAAUAAAGGAGUUACUGGAUGAUUUCAAUAAAUAUUUGGUGCAUGCCAAGAAGGUACAAUCGAAAUAUCUGGAUAAAAUAAAAAUCAUAAUUGGGUUCGAGGUGGAAGGAAUAGAUAAAUCGCAUGUGGAUUACUCCGCAGAAAUACUUAAACACCCUCUGGUCCAAAUGAGUGUGGGUUCAGUCCACUAUGUGCAUGGAUUUCCAAUAGAUUUCUCAAAAGAACUUUGGAAGGAAGCAAAAGCAGCUAGCAAAAGCGGAUUGUCCAGGUCGUUGUAUAAAGACUACUUUGAAUUAGUGUCUAAUGUGAUUGAUUUAAAGCCACAAGUCAUUGGCCAUUUCGACUUGAUUCGUCUAUGUCAGCCUGAUGACGACUUUGACGACACCACUAACAAGCUCACAAAGGAUAUAAGAAUUAAAGAAGAUUGGCCUGAGGUUUGGGAUGUCAUUAUUUCCGCUAUAAAAAAGGCAGGUAAUUAUGGUGCUAUGUUUGAACUAAAUUCCGCUGCCAUUAGGAAAGGCUGGGACUGUCCUUACCCAAAAAGCGAUCUCGUACAGGCGAUUAUCGAGUAUGGCGGUGGUCGAUUUUGUUUAUCAGACGAUGCCCAUUCAAUUGAUCACAUCGGUCUCAAUUAUAGAAAGACUUUACAAUACCUCAGCGAUAACGGGGUAUCGAAGUUAUAUCACCUUGACGUGAAUGAUGGGGAAGUAGUGACUGUCGCUGAUGAUAUAAAAGACAUAGAGGCUUCUACAUUUUGGAAUUAG